CCUGGGGUGAAGUGUUAAAUGAGGUGAAUGCUGUUGGUAGAGUCACCCGCAAUGUUACUGAAAUUCGGCGGAAGUUUUCUGCUGAUCUUCGUGUGAGCGUUAAGAAAAAAGCAGCACAAGAUAAGAAAUAUGCUGGUGGAACAGAAGAAGAAAGAGAACCAACCCCCAGACCCUCAGGAGCUAGGUUUACAGCUACCGGUAGUUGUUUCCGAGAGAAAUUUAUGUUUCGGCCCGUUCAAGAGAAAGAUGAUUCUAUAACCCGCAUUCUGAAUGAGGAUAUACAGGAACAUGAUAUCACAGUACCCAUUGUGCAUUUAGAACCUGAAACUUCAGCACCUACAAACAUUCCUGGAUUUUCAUCAUCCGGAACAUAUGAGGUAGAAACAUGUAGUUCAAGCAAUGCUCGUCAACCUAUUGCUGCUACCAAGGAACAGCGAAGUAGGUCUAGUACCCCUUCUGCCACAGCUGUUAGGUCAACUGUAACUGGUGAUUACACUGAUGAAAUGGAUUCAUCUCCAAUGCCAAGUACGAACAGUAGUGGCAGGAGGCCACGAACCUCUUCUGCCCGAAAAGAUGAAGAUCUUCUUCGAGAGAUGCUUCGUGUUCAAACACAAAUGAGGGACAGUUUUUUACAGCUUGUAGCUCACACAGAGUGCAUUGCAUCUGCAAUGCUAUGCAUUGCAAAAGUUAUGCAGUCGAAAAAUCCUAUCCAAUGAUGCUGUGUUUAUGGUAUGUGUAUAUGUAGUUGUUUACUUAGGUAAGUCCUUUACUUUUGGUAAAUGUGAUAAUAGCGUAGUUGAAAAGUCAUCAAACACUUAUUAUAAAUUUUCCUUUGAGUGAUUGUUAUGAAGGAAGAUCGCAUGUUAAAAAAUUGUGUAACUUUCACUUGCAGCCUAUACUAGUCAUGAAAA